AAAGCACAAUCUCUGUUGACAAAGACAUGAAUUUUCCUCAGUCUCUUCUGAGAAAAAAAAAAAAAAUUACUGAAAAGAUUUAACAAAAGCUAGUCUUCUUGGUACAGAAACAAGGAAUUAAAGAUGAAAAAAUGAAAGAGGGAAGUGAUCUUUUCAUGAUAUUUCUGAAGAAUUGGAGGUUUUAAUUUUGUGUUGAUUUUCAGUAACAGAUGAUGCCUGGAAACCCUAAUUGGUGGAGCAUCAAUGGCAUGCAUCCACAGUAUCAGCAUCAGCAUCAGAUUUCUUCAAGUCAAUCAUCAACAGCUUCUUCUCAAUAUUUGUAUGGAUCUUCUUCAUUUUCUUCUAACUCUUCCUCUGAUCGUCAUACCAAUCAAGAAUUUCCUUUACGAUCAUGGAGCCAACUACUUAUGGGUGGAUUUACUGGUGAUGAAGAUAUGUUUGGUACCACUCUUUUGCGGCAGGAAGCGUUGGAGAAUGGGGAAGACAAAGUUUUGAACUCAUCAUCUUUUAGGGUUCCUGUUCUUGAUGUAAAGCAAGAGAGCAGCCACUAUUACAGACAAGUAGAUGAUGAAUUUCAGGCCUGUAAAUCCUCUUGGCCUCAACUUAUCCCAGUUUCAUCCCCUAAUUCCUGUAUAACAAGUUUAAGCAACAGCUUCCUGAAUUUCUCAAGCUCUAAGGGAAAUCGAAAGAAUCAAAAUCCAGAUCAAUAUUCAUCUAAGUGUAACAGCACGAUUACUGGUGGGAUAUCUAAGAAGCCUAGAGUUCAACAGUCAUCAACUCAACCAGCUUUGAAGGUAAGAAAAGAGAAAUUGGGGGAUAGAAUAACAACUCUCCACCAACUUGUUUCGCCAUUUGGAAAGACUGACACUGCAUCUGUCUUAUCUGAAGCCAUUGGCUACAUUAGAUUCCUUCAAGCUCAAAUUGAGGCAAUCUGCUCUCCGAAUAUGCGCAAUACAUCAGGAAGCAUAGGUCACCAACAAUCUGUACAAGAAAGGAAUUGUUUAUUUCCUGAGGAGCCUGUUCAGUUCUUCAAUGAGAUUGGAUAUGAAGGGAGAGGGGCAUCUAAGCAGGGCAAACAAAGCCAAACUACUGACUUGAAAAGUAGAGGGCUGUGUUUGGUUCCUGUAUCUUUCACUCAGCAUGCAGGACAUGGCAUUAAUGGAGCAUCUGAUUGCUGGACACCAGCUCUAGGUGGGGGGUUCUGAAUGUAAUUUCCAUUGAAGCAUCUCGUCUAAAAACUUAAGUAGUUUGAGAAAUGAUACUUUAUAUUAUUUAGUGUUCGAUCUGUCCCUCAUGUGCAGCUAUUAGACGAGGUUGUUCGAAAAUUUUCUGUAGCUUCAUCCUUGCCUUGUGGUGUGCUAUAACAUCACAAGCAGUCAGUCUCCAAGUUAAGGCUGACUGCUGCUGAUGCUAUUAUGCAUAUUCUAAUGGGGAAGAAACUUGAUGAUGCUAAUAUGGUUUCAAGUAUGGAAUUAAUUUGGAUAUUGCUGAAAUUGGAAAAUUGUCAUUCAAAUUUA